AAAAUAAAAUUAUGUUUCAAGAUGUCAAUUCCAUUGAAGAUCCUAGAGUUCGAGCUUACAUUGAAGCUGAAAAGGUACGAAUCUUGGAGAAAAGAGCACAACAAGUCCAACCGGAUCCAUAUCCAAUCAAUGCAUUUGGCCAAUUUUUUAAUGAUCUUGGAGGAAGCGGUGCCAACUUGCCAGAUUACUAAGUAUUCGUGCUUGUUUUCAGUUGUUGGGUUUAUGAUGUAUUUUUAUUUUAGUAACGUAUUUAAUUUAUGUAAAUUUCGACUGAUGCUUACAAUUUUGCCAAAGUCAAAAUUAUUUUUUGUUUUUUAUAAGAAAAAUAAUUGCCAUAAAUCUGGGACUUUCGAAUUAGGCAAAAUACUAUCACAUAUAUCUUUUCCUAAUUGUAACAGGACAAUUGUCUAUUUAAAAAAAAUCGAAUUUCAUAGAAAUCGGGUUAAUUUAUGUAAAAUUCGGUAUGACAAUUUUGUAAAAGACUUUGAAAAUGAACUUAAUUUUCUGCUUAAAGCGAUAACGGAGAGGGAAACGGGACGUUUGUGCGCGGGUUGUGCGUGGCCUGCCUGCGAUUCAAGUGGGCGGCGCGUGGGGAUCUGUCACCAUCGUGUACGGAUGUGGAUGGUGGUCCUGGGCAUGUUGGUGAAUCAGGCUUGCUCUGGUGGUAGUCCCCUCCAAUUUUCAUGGCCAUCCAAGGUACUACGGGGUAGUAAUAUAUUCGACGGGAUGCACGUGUUUGUGUGUAUAUAUAUAUAUAUCGCCGGGAUGCAAAUACAUAACCUUGGGAUCUUUUGUUGUUUGAAUUUUGCACCAUCUCCAAUCAUUCAUGGUGGAGCAAUUAAAUGGAACUCCCAAAGCCUCUCGAAUUUCUUCUUUAAAGACCUCUCGGGUUUAUCCCAAUUUUCCAAAGAGAAAAAUAUCUUCCUCACAAUUUUUAGACUUCCUGGAAACCGACCCGAAUACCUCAUCAUAGUCGAUGUCGUGACGUUGUGCGCAACCCUUCACCAUGAGGCGCGCCUUUUGCUUUGUCACACCCCAUGCUCGUCCCUCUUCACCUUGAACACCCACUUCACCCUUGUAGCCUUGCAGUCGGGUGGGAGGUCGUUGAGACACCACAUAUCAUUCUCUUCGAUGUACUCCAUCUCCUCCAUCAUCGUCUCACUCUACCUGGGACUAAGCUCUGCCUCGACAAAUAAGGCAAGUUUGUCGGUGCUUACUGUGUACAGCUCCUCCAUCACUAGUGCAUGCAGUGCGAAGCCUCGUGGAAAGGCCGAUCUGAUGAUGUCAAUGACACU